GUCUUGUGAAACUACAGUUCCCAGAAUUCCCUAGCAUUGAGCCAGGGCAGUUAAAGCAAUCUCAAACAGGAUUAUUUCUGCAGUGUCUUUUGGACCUAAGACACAUUUGCAGUUCACAGAGACUGACAGUAUGAGCAACAAACCUGUUUGAUGCCUUGUAUACAGUAACUGUGUACUCAAAACAGGAUGGUAUAUUGAGCGUUGAGACAGUGAGUAUGUUUUCUCUCAUUUUUGCAUCGAUCUAUGUAUUUUUAAAAAUACCUUUCUCAAAUAUUGUUUUUCAACAUAUAUCUAAAUAGCAUUUUGAAUGCAGUAAGUGCCACAAUUUUUGAAUGUAGUAAGUGCCGCAAGAGUGUUGGUUUUGCUGCAACAGAUGAAUAUGGCUGCCCUCUUUGAAGACACUUCCAAAUGUAUUUUAUCAUAUAUUAGACAUAAUAUUGUAUACCUAACUGCAUACAAUAUAGAUCUACAGUAUAUCUAUCUCUCUAUUACUGUAUGCAGUUAGGUAACUUUUCGAUCUCAUAACUAGAUCAUAUACUUCAGGAAAGUGUCAAAUCCAAAUGAUAAUUGUGGCCUAAUGUGAACAUGAGUCCCAGAGAUUGCUUUGCUUCAAAAUGCUAACAGAAUAAAAUUCCUAGGUAUUCCUAACCCUAAAGCAUAUUCUUGAAUCCUCUGCAUGGGUAGACUGUUUUGAAAACAUCUCAAGUAUAUGAUUCAUUUAAGAAAGAAAGAAAGAAAGAAAAAAGAACCUUGUGGCUUCAAACUAAAGAUUAUCUUGUCUAGCAUUCUGUUCCCACAGUGGCCACCCAGAUACCUUUGGGUAUCUUAUAAGCAGGACAUAUUGCAUAUACCUAUGUAUAAGUAUAGACAUUUUAGUCAAAAAUUUGACCUCAAAAACCUGGGUUGAUUUAUCCACGGGGCAAUGUAAGUACUGUAACUCAUAGCAAAAAAAAGGAACCAUUCCCAGGUGAAAGGUGGCAGCUUACUACCUUCUCAGAGCACCUAAAAGAAGCAUCAACCCUCUCUGCUAUCUCAUCCAUCCAGCCUUUUGGGCUACUUUAAUGAUCUCCAGAAAUUGCCUGCUGACUUGACUUGGACUGAACUGAGUUGACUGCUGUAAAACAACGGAUGAGAAAGACUUAGUAUUGUGUAACCUCCUUGUCAGGAGCAUUGCUUAUGGAUAAAAAUCGGACUCGGUAGUUCAUUUCAAAGGGGUGUUGUUCACCUAGGGAAAACAUUUUCCCUGCACCAUAACUACAUCUGCCAUGGACUCUUCAAUGAUCCUGCUGGAAACGCAAGCCAUCAGCAGUGCCCCCUGCAGUUCUGAACGGCAUGCGAACCUUGCGGUGAAAUUGAAUGAGCAGACAGAAGGAGAUGGCUUCAACAUUGCUAGUAAAAAAGGCAGCCAAGUUCCAUCUGAAGGGGAAAGCCUGGUGCCAAACAGCAGCAAGAGCCCUUGUGUGAAUGGACCAGCGUUUCAGUUCUCUGAACUUCCUAUGUCUUUUGAUCCUAACGGUGGUCCACAUGGGGAAGAGCCAGCUCCAGGUGUGCCUGGUUUCCAUGACAAGCUAAAGUCGUCUCAGGGAGCUAGUGCUGAGGGCAUAGUUCUUAGGAAGGAAGCGUUGCAGUCCCUCAAACUAAGCCUCCCCAUGCAAGAAACUGAAUUGUGUUCUGCAGAAUCUUCUCUUCCACUGGAGAAGGAAGAACAGAUCAGGCUUCAGGCAAGACGGCGCCUUGAGGAACAGCUCAAGCAAUACCGUGUAAAAAGACAUCAGGAGAGACAUACUGCUAAGAAUCGUCCUUCCAGUACCCUUGAUCCUGAACUGAUGUUACAUCCUGAGAUCUUGCCAAGAGCCAGCACUGUAGCAAUGACAAAAGAAUAUUCCUUUCUACGAACUAGCGUUCCUCGGGGACCAAAAUUGGGAAGCCUUGGACUUCCAGCACAUUCAGAAGAAAGAAAAAGUUCCAGAUCUUCCAGGUCAAGUAGAAUUCGAUCUUUGGCUGAUUAUAGAACUGAAGAUACAGAGGGAAGCACCAGGGGAGCUGUUGCAGUUGCUGAUUCUCCUGGUCGGUCUCUAAAACAAAAUCGAAGCAGCUUAACAUCAGUUGUCUCGGAGAUCAGGGUAACGCCUGAUCCUGAUGACCGACUGGAGAAUUCAUCCUUGGCUGGAGACAGCAUGUCAGAAAUUGAUGGAAGUGAAGCUGGAACAAGGCUGGAUGGCAAUGAGAGUGAUAGUUCUAGCUAUAGUAGUGUAUCAGGAAGGGGACUGUAUGGGAUGCUACUCAGCGCAGAGAGCAGGCAGAGUGUUUCUGUUCCUGUAAAUGGCCAGGAGGUCCCUUUGGAUGCAGUUGGACAGUUUCCUUCCAUCAGAGAGGUGUUACAGGCUGCUGCAACAGAACAUCAUGCCCAGGAUACAGAAAUCAAUGGAGAAGCAAGGAGCCGGAGAGACAGCAUUUCCAGCAGUAUAUCGAUGGAGAGUUCUAUUGCAGGCACGCACGAUGAAAUGUUGCAGGUCCUCAAAGAAAAGAUGAGGCUUGAAGGACAACUAGAAGCACUGUCAUUAGAAGCCAAUGAGGCCCUCAAAGAAAAGACGGAAUUGCAAGCCCAGCUUGCUGCCUUGCACAUGAAGCUUCAGACCCAGAUGGAGCACAGUGAGAGCAGCCAGCAGAAGCAGGAUUCCCUGAAUGUGGAGGUGGCCACAUUAAAGCAGUCUUGCUGGGACCUAGAACGAGCCAUGACAGAACUACAGGCGGCACUGGAGGCCAAGAAUGCUGGCCUGGCCGCAUCCAGUAAUGACCUGCAAGUGGCAGAAGAGCAAUACCAAAGGUUAAUGGGAAAAGUGGAAGACUUGCAGAAAAGUAUACUUACUAAGGAUAGCACAGUUCAUGAUCUCCGACAGCAGCUUUCAUCUUUACAAAGCCAACUCCAGCAGGUCCAACUGGAACGCACAACAUUGACCAGUAAGCUGAAAUCAUCUCAAGCGGAGAUUGCCUCAUUACAGAAAGUACGGUACUGGUACCAGCAGCAGUUGGCUUUGGCCCAGGAGGCAAGAGUUCGGCUGCAGAGUGAGAUGGCAAACAUACAGGCUGGUCAGAUGAACCAGGUGGGCCUGCUGGAGCAUCUCAAGCUGGAGAAUGUAACACUGUCUCAUCAGUUAACAGAGACUCAGCACAGAUCCAUCAAAGAGAAGGAACGUAUAGCCACACAAUUACAAAAUAUAGAGGCAGACAUGUUAGACCAAGAAGCAGCUUUUCUGCAGAUCCAAGAAGCUAAGACCAUGGUGGAAGAGGAUUUGCAGAAGAAACUGGCCGAGUUUGAGGAUGAGAAGGAACAACUGCAGAAAAUGGCAGAUUCUGCAGUAAUAUUGGAGCAGGAUCUAGAAAAGGUGAAACUAACAUUGCAUCAACGAGAUCUUCAAGUUGAGGCUUUGCAGCAGGAACAACUGGAUCUCAUGAAACAGUUGACUUCCACUCAAGAGACAUUACAGACUCGAGAGGAGUCCCUGGGUGACCUUCAGACACGUUAUGAUGAGUUGGAGGCCAGGCUGAUGGAAUUGCAGGGUGAUGCCACAUCAAAGGAUGACACCAUCCAAUACUUGCAAAAUGAGAAGAUUGUCCUAGAAGUAGCCCUGCAGGUUGCAAAAGCAGGCAAAGAAGGGCUUGAAGAAGGAGUCCAGUAUUUAGGGGAGAGUACUGAAGCAGCUUCAGAUGUUUUAGAGCAAUUGAGGCAAGAAAUAGCCAUCAAAUCAAGUCAGGUGGAAAAUCUACAACAAGAAAGUGCAGCUUUCAAGAAACAGACACAGAAAAUAAAGGAACAAUUACUUCAACAAAAGGUGAUGGUGGAAGCUUACCGUCGAGAUGCAAGUUCAAAGGACCAGCUAAUCAGUGAACUGAAGUCUACCAAAAAGAGGCUGGACUCUGAAAUGAAGGAAUUAAGACUGGAGCUUCUCCAGCUUCAGGGUGAGAAGAAAUCUGUGGACAUAGAAAACUCAAGACUGGCAAAGGAAGUGUCUCGGGUCCAGCAGCAGUUGGAAGAGCUAGAAACUCAGCUGCAAGUGGCACAGAGAGAGCGUGAUAGCAUGGAGGCAGAGUUACAGUCUUUGCAGUUGGACAGAGAGCAAAUGUCUGCUCUUGCUGAGAUGAAUGAAACAUUAAAACGACAAGUUGAUGAAAUGCAACAAGAAACAAAAGUGGCCAUUACAGAACAGAAGCAGAAGAUGAAGCGAUUGGGAUCAGACCUGAACACAGCCCAGAAGGAGAUGAAAGCAAAGCACAAGGCCUAUGAAAAUGCAGUUGGGAUCCUUAGCCGCCGACUGCAGGAAGCCCUCACUGCCAAGGAAUCAUCUGAAGCUGAGCUGAGCAAGUUAAAGGCACAAAUCUCUGAUUGUGGAAAUAGCCAGGCUGGUCUAGAAAAGAUUCAAGUUCUAGAGACAGAAUUACAGGCUCUCAGUCACAGUAAGAUGGUAUUAGAAAAAGAGUUGCAAGAAGUCAUCUCGCUUACCACCCAGGAGCUUGAGGAGUACAGAGAGAAAGUCCUUGAGCUUGAAGAUGAGCUUCAAGAAGCAAGGGGCUUCCGGAGGAAGAUAAAGCGUUUGGAAGAAAUUAAUAAGAAGCUUUCCCUGGAACUAGAACAUGAACGUGGAAAACUCACUGGACUUGGCCAAUCCAAUGCUGCUCUCCGAGAACAUAAUCAUAUCCUUGAAGCUGCACUGGCCAAGAGAGAGGCAGAUCUAGUGCAACUGAAUCUUCAGGUCCAGGCAGUGCUGAAGCGUAAAGAGGAGGAAGAUCAUCAGAUGAGGCAGCUCAUUCACGCCUUGCAGACAGCCUUGGAAAAAGAGAAGACAAAGGUUAAAGACCUUAAAGAACAGGUUGUGACAGCCAAAGCUGAAGCAGCUCAUAAUCGCCGCCACUAUAAAGCUGCUGCACUUGAACUCAGUGAGGUUAAGCGAGAACUCCAGGCCAAAGAAGCACUCAUCCAAGCCCUCCAGGCUGAAGUGGACAAACUGCAGAUCACAGAAGGGAAGCAUUCAGAGGAAGUAUCCCAGUUCCAGCAAGAAUUAGCGGAAGCACGGUCCCAGCUUCAGUUUCUGGAGCAGCAGUUAGAAGAGCAACUUAACAAGCAACCAGCAGAGAAUCAAGAGGUUGAAGACCUCAAGUGGGAAGUAGAACAGAAGGAAAGAGAGAUCCAGGCCCUGAAGCAGCAGUUGAAUUUGACUGAGCAACGCAGCCACAAAGAGUUGGAAGGAGUACAACUUGUUCUGCAGAAUAUCAAGAUGGAGCUGGAGUUGGCCCAGGACAAUUUGUCCUUAACUCAGAAAGAUAAGUUGAUGCUUCAGGCAAAAGUGACUGAACUGAAGAACAGCAUGAAGACUCUGUUACAGCAGAACCAGCAGCUGAAGUUGGAUUUGAAGCAUGGAAAGAUAAAAAAGAAAAAAGAACUGAAGGGAGAGACAAAUUCAAAUCCUGUGACACCUGUGAAGAUUCCUGACUGUCCUGUCCCUGCUUCUUUGCUGGAAGAGCUAUUGAAACCACCAUCAUCUGUGAGUAAAGAGCCUUUGAAAAACCUCAACAGCUGCCUCCAGCAACUCAAGCAGGAGAUGGACAGCCUUCAGCGUCAAAUGGAAGAGCACACUAUAACAGUUCAUGAAUCCAUGUCUUCAUGGACUCAGAUAGAAGGGCAGUUAAUGGACUUUUCUUCCAACUUUCCCGCACCUGUCUUGGACAACCAGAAUCUCCCUGCAGUAGGCCUACGAGAACAUAGUUCAAGUGCUGGUGAAAAGGAAGUGUCAAUGUAGUGACUUCACUGCCUUCGUUUCGUCUCGUCAUAACUGCUUUUAUGUAUGUAACAAAUCUUUAUCCAUGGUAUUUAUUGUUCGGAUUUAAAAUGUUUUAGACUUCUCCAUCUGUUUUUAAUUUUAAGAACAGAAGAUGAUCAGAAGCAAAAUAUUUGAAGGUAAUGCUUUAUUAAAACUUUUAAAAAUCUUGCCAGUCUUACUUGAGCGGGAUGGCAGUGCUGGGGAUGAAGCAGGAAGAUGUGACAUUUGGGGCAUCAAGAAGUCCUUAGAAAAACUAAGAAAUCUUUCCCCCUAUUCAGUAAUGGCUACGGAGAUGGAAUUCAGUUGCAUGCCUACCAUGACUUCAUUACAUGGUUUCUGGCUUUUUACAUUUUUACUUGGCAAACAGGUUUGAUAACAACUUGGUCUGUUUCAGGCCUGGGUAUAUGAGUGAGAGUUUCACGCCUAUUACGUUGGUGAUGGCUAGGACUGUCUUUUUGUUUGACGACAAACCCUUGCUUGACACAUUGACCAUAGCAGAUGCCCAGUGCAAACCAGUAACUUUUCAGUGGUCUUGAGCAUUGAAACAACCCAUCUGAAGUAGUUCCAUUGCAUCAGUUGGGUCUGCUUCAGAGGAAGUGGAUUAAUGAUCCACAACCAAAGGCCAGCAGAGAGCUUUGAUUCACUUGGAAGAUGCCUUUUGCACAUUGCUGUUGUUGUUGUUGUUGCGUAGUCUUUGGGGACAUCUCUAGCACAAGCUGUAUAUAAAUAGUUCAGCUUGGUUCUGCUUUGAAGUAUCUGUUCGUUCCUUUUUUAAAAUAGACUUAUUUAACACAAAACACAAAGGUUUUGUUUUUUAAUGUUGAGUUUGGGUGAU